CCUCAUAUCGCCUUUACACGCUGUGUUAAACGUCCAAGCAAGUCACCAUGGCUACCACAGAAACCAAACCGCUCCUUUCACGCUACCGUCUGUUGUCACCCUCUGCCGCAGUAUUCGUAUCCCCAAUCUGCCUUGGCAGUAUGAACUUCGGAACGAACUACAAGGCAAUGAUGGGUGAGUGUUCCAAGGAGACCACCUUUGAAAUUCUCGACCAUUAUUUUGGCGAGGGCGGCAAUUUUAUCGAUACUGCGAACUCGUAUCACGCCGGACAAACAGAGGAGUGGUUGGGUGAAUGGAUGGCGGCUCGCGGCAACCGUGACCAAAUAGUCCUCGCCACCAAAUAUACUGGCGUCCAUCGACCUGCAGACCAGAGCAUCAAAGUCCGUCCCAACUAUGGCGGCAAUGGGAUGAAAUCCCUCCGGCUCACAGUAGAAGACUCUCUCAAAAGCCUGCAGACCAGUUACAUCGACAUCCUCUACGUUCAUUGGUGGAAUUUCACGGCAUCCAUCCCCGAGGUCAUGCAAGGUCUCAAUGACCUUGUGGCGUCCGGCAAAGUACUCUAUCUCGGAAUCUCCGACAGUCCAGCCUGGCUCGUCACCAAAGCCAAUCAAUACGCCCGAGACCAUGGCUUGCGUCAAUUUGUCGUCUAUCAAGGUGCUUGGAACGCAGCAAUGCGGGAUUUCGAGCGCGACAUCAUCCCGAUGUGCCGCGAGGAAGGAAUGGGUAUGUGCCCCUAUGGUGUUCUCAACUCUGGAAGAUUUCAGACCGAGGCUACAUACAAGGAGCGUGAAAAGAACAACCCGGGACGCAACCAAGCCACUAUUUCUUCGCGGGACAAGGCUGUUGCUGGAGUUCUCGAAAAGAUUGCCAACUCGAAGAAGGUCACACUUGGCAAUGUGGCUCUGGCGUACAUUCUGCAAAAGGCACCAUAUGUGUAUCCCAUCGUCGGGGGCAGGAAGCUGGAACAUAUCAAAGACAACAUCAGCAGCCUGUCCACGACUCUCACGGCAGAUGAAAUUGAUCAGAUCGAGAAGGCUUACGAUUUUGAUCCAGGCUUCCCACACACAUUCUUGAGUGGUACUCUCAUCGAUGGAGCUGACGCACCUCAACGUGGCGCUUCUCAUCCCAGUGAAAUUCGUUGGACACACUUUCAAGGGACUUUUGACUGGGUGGACUAUCCCAAGGCCAUUCCACUUGGAAAUGUGUGAAUUGUGGCAGACUUGUGUCACUGUGAUCAGAGAAGUAUCAGGGCAUUAUCU